AUGCCCACGAAAACAAGAGCAGAAGCAUACAGAGACAUGAUGAGUAGGAGAAAGAUGGCUCGAAUCAUGAGAGCGCAAAUAUUGAAUGAUCGCUUGAAGACUUCACAGAGAGACGGGCCGUUUCGCGGCACUCGCAGCGGACGCCACGCGAUUCGAAUUGACUAUCAAGAGGAGCAAAUUAUGGUCGAAGUGCCUGAUGUUCCUGCAAACGCAGAGCCUAAUGAUGUUAGGCAGGUCUUGAAGGCUGAAGGACUUAAGCCCGACAUCGGGACACCCUUCAAUACCGAGUCAAUCGACCACAACCUCGGGGCGGUCCUCAAGAUCGAGUCCAAAAUUUCAACAAGCAUCAAGAUCGAGCAAUUCGAGCCCGACCUUGGCAUUGAAAUCAAGACCGAGGACAUCAAGCCCGACCUUGGCAUCACCAUAAAGGUCGAGCCCGUUGAGCCCUAUCUUGGAUAUCCAUCACGAUAG